AUGAAAUUGGGCGGUAUUUUUCAACUAGCGUUUGUUCAAAUUGAAGCUCAGAGAUCUGCGUGUCCUUCACUAUACGAUGGAACUCCUGAAUCAGGUUGCUGGAAAGAGGAAAACGGCUCAUGUAGGUUGGUCAAUCCAAAAUGCAUCAAUCUUCAUUGCGGGACAGACAAAGUCUACGCUGCCAUUUCUGAUGAUGUUUUCGCUGCGUACACAUUUGAAACACAGGAGCUUUUGCCAGAGACAUCUGACUCUUGCUCUGGAAUUCAGCUGAGAGGAAAAUAUUUUCAGUACACUGCAGGCGUUAAUAGCUGUGGAGCUUCUGUAUCGCAGGAUUACAACGGCGACCUGAUUUCUUUCACUCAUCAAAUAUCCCUCCCUUCUAAAACAUUCGACGGAAUCUACCUCCUCCGACCCGAGGUCAAAAUAGAAUUCACUUGCCGCUACCCAAUCCACGUCAACAUCGACAGCGAUCCCUUUGAAAGCGAACAUUUCACCGCAAACGCGCAUAUAAUUGGCGACGAAGUGCUGCGCACAGAAGUGAAACUAGAGAUCGCGACUGAUGUUGCCAUGUCUGAAGUUGAGGAACUCAAUAGCAAUCCUGACGCUGCGGAGGCUUUGAAGAAGUUUAUCCUCGACAAUUGGCCAGAAGAUCUUCAAAAACCUGUCGAUAUCAUAAUAGACUUCGUUGUCAAAGAAUCUAAUGCUGCCGAAUUAAAUUCACGAAAACGAAGAAUGUCCGAUCCCACUCAAAUUCAAAUUCAAAAUACCGUUUACGCUGAGCUCUCAGUAUUCGCAUCUGUAACCUUUAUCUUCGAAACUGAAACGAACGACCUUCCGGAAGUUUCAGAUUCUGAAGAACCCGGCGUCAUUACUACUUCGGCCGACCUCGCUGAGAAAACGGAAGAAGUCAUCCAAACCCUUGUCACUGAGUCUCAAAAAGCUCCCCGAACAACUGGGUCACUCGAUACAACGGCGGAUAUCAUCUUCACUGGGAUCGUUGUCGUUGCUGAGAUCACGGAAGAAAUCAUCGGAACGACGAAAAUAACGACCAAGGGAGAUAUUUCUGCAAUUGGAAGCUGGGGAAAAUCAUUCAAUCUCGAUCUCAUCGGCGCAAUCAACGAUAAAUUCUACAUGGGAGUGCCUGUUAGUGGAGUUCUUUCUAGCACCCUGAAUAUUCCUGACUUGAAGUUUUAUAUUGACACUUGCAAAUACUCAUGCGGGGAAAAAGAAGGAGUCAAUCUUAUCGAAGGAAGCUGCUACUCAUCAGUUUUGGGAGUUGAAAAUAUCAACCCGAACGGAACAAAGAUCGUCGAUGAUGUAUCUCAAUUCAGGUUCAAGUCAUUCUCCUUCACCGAGACUGCCGAGUCGACGUCUUGUACAAUAAUUUGCUCUGUAAACACCUGCCUUUCUAAUAACUGCAAUCCACCUCCAUGCGAGGGCGGACUUCUUGGAUACGAAUAA